ACAGACAGACACACACACACAGACACACAGGAGGAGGAUGCGUUAAGAACAGACCGAGCUCAGGAUUUUAAAAGAUCCAGGACCUGACUCUGUGCUACAGAUUGAACAUGCUGCAGGUUGUAUGAGUGACUGAUAUGGAGCCAGCGAGAUCCCAUAUACAGACUUUUAUGGUGGUGGCGGCUUUUUGCCUCUUUUCAGGGAGCGUUGACGGUGCGAGGCCGGAAGUGCGAGGAAAGGCUGGAGGUGAGGUGGAGCUCCAGUGUAGAUUUCCUCCAUCAUUCCCGGCCGCUGUGUCCUCUGCGUCCCUGCAUGUGGUGGAAUGGGUUCGACAGGGACUCGACAUCCCCGUCUUGAUCAAAUUUGGAUCCUACGCGCCUCGGGUCCAUCCGCAGUAUGAGGGGCGGGUGUCUCUGGUACGUGUCACUGCCAUGAGGCUGGAGGGCCUGCGACUGGAUGAUCAGGGUUCGUACGAGUGUCGAAUCCUCUUACUGGAUAAACCCACAGAUGAGCUGCGAAACGGCACCUGGACUCUGCUCUCUGUGACCGCCCCACCCACCUUCACUGAAGCCCCGCCCCCUGCAGUGGAGGCUCUGGUCGGAGGUCGUCUCUCUCUUUCCUGUGUUGCCAAUGGCAACCCCCCUCCCACCAUCACCUGGCUGAAAGACGGCAGCGUUAUCGAAAGAAUAAAUCAUCAGGACGGAGCCUUAUCUCUUGGAGCAGUGAGCGUGCAGUCAGCGGGUCAGUACACCUGCCACGCCUCCAACUCCGAGGGAAACAUGACUCGGGUGACGAAUGUGAAGAUCAAAGGUCCACCCGUCAUUGUCGUCCCCCCCAAAAGCACCUCUCUCAACAUGUCCCAGGAUGCACUCCUCUCAUGCCAGGCGGUGGCCGACCCCCCCAACAUGACCUACGUGUGGCACAAAGGUGGAGAAAACGUCCAUCACAUAGAGUCUUUGAAAACGCGAGUGAAGAUCAUGGUGGAUGGAACCCUGCUCAUCUCCAGGCUCGUCCCCGAGGAUUCUGGGAACUACACCUGCAUGCCGAGCAACGGCCUGCUGACCCCGCCCACUGCCUCCGCCAACCUCACAGUGAUGCACCCGGCCCGGGCUCUUCCGAUGCCUGAGGAAACGUACCUUCCCACAGGUAUGGAUGGCGUGGUCACCUGCCCGGCGGCCGCUCAGCCUCCGCUGCUCCGUGUGGAUUGGACGAAGGAUGGAGAACCUCUCGAUCUUUCCCUGUAUCCAGGUUGGACCUUGACGCCGCAGGGCUCCUUGUUCAUGGCCACGGUCAACGACGACGCGGCCGGCGUGUACACGUGCACGCCGACCAACAGCUACGGCAGCAUGGGUUCAUCGGGGCCCACCAAUGUGAUUCUGCAGGACCCUCCGUCAUUCAGCGUCGCUCCAGAGAAGCAGUACAGACAGGAGGCCGGUCGGACCCUGCUCGUCCCCUGUCAAGGAAAUGAGGACCCAACAACUAAAGUCACCUGGAGCAAGGUCGACCUGACUCGCAGCAUCGCUUAUGCUAUAGAGCCCAACGGUUCGCUCCUGCUGCAGCCUCUCACCAAGGACCACCAGGGGGCGUGGGAGUGCAGUGUCACUAACCGCGUCGCCUCGGUGAAGGCCAGCACACAAGUCUUUGUCCUAGGCACCAGUCCCCAUCCGGCUGCCUCUCUGUCCGUCUCUCCAGGGGUGAAGCAGGCCAACGUAUCCUGGGAGGCAGGCUUUGAUGGAGGAUCAGCACAGACAUUCUCAGUUUGGGUUAAGAAGAUUUCAGCAAACAGCGAUGAUGAUGAUGAUGAUCAUGGGAAGCAGGCGUGGUUCUCCAUGGCCGUGCCCCCGUCCUCCGGCGCCAGGCUGCAGGUGACUGGACUGUCUCCCGCCACUGAUUACCAGUUCAGCAUCCUGUCACACAAUAAAAUUGGCACGGGGCCCUUCAGCGAGAUCGCGACCACGCGGACUUUAGAUCCUCUGCCAAGGAGAAGUAAACUAAAGCCUCCCGCGUCGCUGUCAGCUGAUCAGGGCUCAGCAGGUGUCGUUCUGCAAUGGUCCCUUCCUGAAGAGCAGCACCCCCCCAUCACAGGCUUUGUUCUCCAGUCCCGUGCCCAGCAAGGCGACUGGUUUAAUCUGGUCGAGGACAUCGGUGCCAACAGUAGCGAGAUAGUAGUUCCGGGUCUGCACAAGGAUUGUGUGUACGAGCUGCGGCUGCUAUCUCGUCGCGGGGAGUUGCUGAGCGAGCCCAGUCCAUCAGUCAAUGUCUCCACCAUGGCGAUGGAGAUCUACCCCGGCACAUCCCGACUCCUGGAGUUCGUCCCGGAGCCAUUACUGGCUGGCGUGUUGGGCGGGGUCGGCUUCAUGUGCUUGGCACUGGUCUUGCUGCUGGGGUCCGCCUGUGUCAUCAGCCACAGGAGAAACCAGCGCCGCAGAAAGAAGAAGAAGAGAGAUGAGCCCCCUCCAGCCAUCUAUAAAUGCUCCCCAUCGAUAAAGACUCCAGGCACCGGUAGUCCAGACAGUGUGUUGAAGAAAAGCCUUCUUCCAGCCAGCAGCCUCUAUCCCACUACUUCCUCUACCCCCUCCUCCUCCUCCUCGCAGACAGACUGUCUCUCCUCCGGCGCUGAGAAUCCUAAUCGGCGGAAGCAUCUCCCUUCGUACCCCGGCAGGGGUCGACUCACCAGGACAACUUCCUCCCCAAUUUCUCCUUCGAUUGAGUUGAUCUCUAGGGGUCCAGAUGGACGCUUCACACUUCCACUUUAUGACCCUGACACAUUAAGUGUUCACAGCAGGAAAAGUUUAAGGUAUCACCAGGGUACCAGAGUCCGAAGGUCUGUGUCACUCCACUCAGGAGGGGAAGACAGGAAAGACCGACCUUUUGUGCUUUCUGUUGAUCUCCCUCCUCUCAAACCAGCAGAGGCCACCACCCAAAUCUGUGGCAUGGUCCAGCACCUCCCCCACCAUAAUGGUUAUAUCUUAAAUCAGAAGGCAAGCUACAAUGGCUUCCCCGACAUUAGCAGCCUGUGCUCGAACAGUAGUUUGGCCACAAUUCCUCAACAAGACCGAGGAAUAACUCCCACCUUUCCAGUGCUCCCACAUAUCCGAUCGGGCCUGGGUCAGCCGUCCACAACAGCCAGCGCCCUGGUGCUGCAAAUGGAGCACGAGCGGGAGCGAGGGAACCUGAGUCGUUGCCUGAAACUGGCUCAGGAGAGGGAGGAGCUGGAGAGGGAGCUCAAGAGGUACACGCUAGACAGAGGCUCGAUGAGGGACAUGAAGAGGGAGCAGUCAGACUGGGAGAUAGGAGAGGCUGGUGAUGAUGAGUUUGUAUGGGAGUAUAAGAGCAGCACGUUGCCACACAGAUACCCCCAGGGCAGCAGAAAGAGCUGCGGUUUAUCCGUCAGUCCUUUAUCUUCAUCCUCUGUCCACUGGGAAGCCUGUCCACUUGUCUCUCCUCUCCUCGGCACAUCUUCUCCUGUGAUUCCCUCUUGUUUUAAGUCUGAAAACUACCAAUUCCCUCCAUCAUUCACCGAUCAGACUCCCCUCCAGUCUGCGGAGGCAGGCAGUUUUUCAAGAGCCACAUUAACUCUCCCACAUCUCCCUGCAAAGCACCAGAGACAUGAAAGAGUAGAGGCAGCACCACAGGGCUAUGAUAAUUCACCACAAUCCACAGUCUUAGAAAUGCAAACAAAUGAUUCACGCUCUAAGGCACAGAGACAGAACAGUCUCAGUCAUGGCAGCCGUUCAAUGUCUUCCUACCAUAGCAAUAAAUAUACAGAAAGCUCAGAUUCAACUAUCGAUGCAGUGUCUGUAAAAGCAGGGGCCUUGUUCCACAGACCCGCAGGUGGUGAUGUAUGCGCCGAGAUGAGCGUGGAUGAGCCAGAGUUGGACGUAUGUGUGAUCCGGCCGACAAAGCCGAUGCUGCACCACAGAAUCGCCUCUCAUGUGCAACACGGGCGUUCGCUGACUCACAGAGGCCAGUAUGAAGACACGAGGAGGAGCACAAGCUUCAACUGCCAUAGUCCUGCCUCUGUGGACCAUAGCGUAACUUCUCCACAACCCCCAGGAACACAACUCUGGAGAUCUGGGACCAAAGGCUCUAAAGUCUGGGACUCUAAGCAGCGAAGUCGAAGCCUGGACUCAAGAAGACGGAACGAGAGCAAUUUCCCAACCCCUGAUGUGUGGAUAGAUUCACUAAGCCAAGAGAACUGUUCUGUUGCAUCUUCCUGUCAUGCAGACACUCUAUUCUGGGAACCACAGAGUUUUCCUACCAGGAAGUCUCCUGUAAAUUCUCCUUCUGCUACCCAAGAUGCCUCCUGUUCACCUCCUGCCGUCAACACUUUAUCCGCGGGCAGAAGUCCAGAGAGCCUUAUUCCAAAUCCUGACACGCCUCGCCUUUAUGAGCCAAGACCAGAGGACUCCAUCCUUCCAAAUGCUGCCAAAUGGCCAAUCACCUACCACCAGGAGGUCAUGAAUGAUGCAGAAGUUUACUCAAAUGCCACAAGGGAAGCAUCCAGAUUCUUACCCCCCAACAACAAUGACCAAGAGGCACUGGAUGUGGAGGCAGGAGGCUACGAGGGAGUGCUAGAGUCCGGGAGCAACUACAGCAGUUAUGCCAGCAGCGGCCGAGGCAGCAUGGAGCCGGCUAACGGACGCCUGUCUUUGUGCCACCUUUCCCCAACACUCACCAGCUCACCCGAGUAUGUGGAGGAGAGCCAGGGCAACACAGAGGACAAGCACAGUCACCAAAUGGAACCAGGCCAAAGGAGAAAGGCCUCUGUUGAUGAGAAUUAUGAGUGGGAUGCGGCUGAUGUCUACCCACAGCCUGGAGACUGCGAUGGCCUGCUUCUCUCAAUGAAUCUGCUGAAGCCUCCUCCGUGCUGUGGCCUUCCCAGCAUGCCGUGCUCUGCUAAGGCUGUGAAAAAAUGCACUCAGCUGUCUUUGCACCCAGGGCAUCAAAGCAGCUGCUCUGCUGAGCCAGAACCAGACACUGUGCUGUUCUGACAGAGGCAGCCGUCGGCUCAUCUCACUGGUGUGUCCUUUCACUCAUUGACUCGCAUCGCGAGGCGACAAAAACUGCAUGUGGCAGAAAGUGAGCUUUUGUCUGAUCGACUGAAUUUCCUUCUUCAAUCCAAGGGAGGAAAAAAGCGGAAUGUUUUUUUUUAAGGGGUGUUCUGCUUCGUCUCUUUAUCAAGCUUCACUUUUCAAUCAUCUUUAACACGUACGGGUCCCAGUCAAAGUGCCGGAGACACAAAUGACCCUCGUGCAGAGCUUCAACUCUUCGGAGACAGUUUGUCAAACUGCCUCUAUCAAAGCAUUUGUGUGCUGAUGGAUUCACCCUGUUCUCCGGUGAAGUCUGAUGUGCAUUCAUCAUGCAGGGAUGAAUCUGUAGAAACACAAGGGACAAAACGGCCUCAGGCAUCAUCAAGUCGCUGAUUUAAGCUGUGGAUGAUUUAGACGUCAGAGAUGAUUUAUCACCUCGGAGUUGGACAAAGGAGGUGUUCAUGAAAUGCCAAUAACUAAGGAAGACAAAUAUCAUAUAUAAAAGGUUAUUCUGCUGCACUGCCCUUCAAAAUAUUUGCAUAUUUGUCCUUAUAAGACUUUAAAUGUUUGGAGUCUGAACUUCCGGAUGUUUUCU